AAUUUUAGAUUUAAAUUCAAUAGUAUUCCUUCUGGACAGUUAAGAUUCGACAAAAAUUUGUCCGAAUUUGACUCUCACAGUCAGCCAUUUUGGUUCAGGACCAUUCCAUCACAGUUUCACACUCGCACGAACGGUCACACGAGUGUAGAUAAGAUGCUGUCGAGGUUGGCUCUCCGUAAUGCUCAGAAGCUGCCGGCUGUUGCUUCCAGCACACAGGCCCUGGCCACCGAAGCUCCUACUUUCAGUAGGCCCGUGAGAGCCGAAAAAGGUGGUGCAGUCCGCAUGGGAUUCAUCCCCGAUGAAUGGUUCACGUUUUUCUACCCAAAGACUGGUGUGACUGGACCCUAUACGUUUGGUGUGGGUUUAACGACCUACCUAGUCUCCAAAGAAAUUUAUGUUUUGGAACAUGAGUAUUACACCGGUUUGUCAAUUGCCAUUAUGCUCAUCUAUGCCACAAAGAAGUUUGGACCAGUACUGGCUUCUUAUACCGAUAAGUGGAACGCGGAAUAUCUGGACGAAUUAAAUGGUGCUAGAAAUGAUGAAAUUAAAACCAUGGAGGAUGCAAUUGCUGCCGAAAAAGAUGCACAGUGGCGUGCCGAAGGCCAGACUUUACUUAUGGAAGCUAAAAGACAAAACAUCGCCAUGCAAUUAGAAGCCGCCUACAGAGAACGCAUGGCAAAAGUCUUUUCUGAGGUUAAAAAGCGCCUGGAUUAUCAAGCCCAAGUUCAAGUAGUUGAGCGCAGAAUUGGCCAGAAACAUAUGGCUGAUUGGAUCAUUUCGAACGUAUUGAAGUCCAUUACUCCAGAACAAGAAAAAGCUACCCUCCAGCAAUGUCUCGUCGAUCUACAAGGCAUGGCUGCUAAAAAUUAGACAUGUCUUUUCUAUCCAUAGCAGUCGUAGGAAAUUCAAUGUACAUCAAGAGUGACGAACUCGUUAGUCUCAUGGUCGAAUGCAUGGCAAAGAUAUUUCAUGCCUUUUAUGCAUAGGGUUCUCCCUCCUUAACUCCCUCGAAAAGUUGAGGUAAUUCAUCAUGUAUGAAUCGUUUACAAUAAAUACAGUCUCAUAUGACUUAUUCUUAG